GUCUUUACAAAACUGAUUCAGGACUCGGACAUAACAGAUUAACAGCCACCAGCCGGAAAGUAAACAGACAGACGGAAAUGGAAGAAGCCGGCGGCAGCGAGCCGACUACGAUUACAGUGAAUGUGCAAGUCGCGGGAAGCUCGAUUCUAUUCAAUGUCUCCCCCGACUCUACGGUCAAAGAGCUCAAGUCUGUCCUUCAGCAGCUCACUAAUGUCCUCCCUGGCGCCCAGAAACUCAUCUCGAAAGGGAAAAUUCUUGUUGACGAGAUGACACUUAGGUCCUCCGAAGUUGACGAUGGCUCGAAGAUCAUGCUCUUACCAUCCCCAUCCCUAGCGAAGCUGAUUGAAGAGUGGAAGCUUACACGAAUGAUAGUGUUAUCGCAUUGUUAUUUGAAGGCCAUCCCUGAUGCAGUAUUGGAAUUUGGAAAUUCUGCACUAUAUCUUGAUCUGGAUGGUAACACCAUAAAAGAAGUUCCUGAGAGAAUUAGUCAUUUAAGUUCUAUUAUGGUCCUGUAUCUUAAUGCCAAUGUCAUUGAGGACCAAUACUUAAGCUGGGAGGGGAUACAGUCUUUGAAGUCUUUGAUAGUUCUUUCUUUGAAUGAAAACAGGUUAACAAUCUUACCUUCCAGCCUGGGCGCAUUGACAAGAUUGAGGCAGCUUCAUAUUUCAAAGAACAAGUUGACUUCUCUCCCAAUCGAAAUUGGCCUUCUAACAAAACUUGAGGUUUUGAAUGCCCGCACUAACAGGUUAAGCACCAUUCCGACUAGCAUAAGUGGGUGUGCUUCUCUUGAAUACGUUGAUAUUUCAUCUAAUCUUCUGACUGAGUUACCUGAUACCCUUGGCAAGCUAAAGAACAUGGAGGAAUUGCUUCUCGGUGACAAUAGGCUCACAUCUCUUCCGACUACUAUAUUCAGCCAUUGUAAUAAACUCUACUCAUUGGAUCUCCAUGGUACUGGACUAACGAGGGAUUAUGUCCGGCAGCUCGAUGGGUGGAAUGAAUUUAAAAAGAGAAAAAAUAGUGAGAUAGCUAUAAGUUGAGAAAAAUCUCCAUCAGAAGAUUUUAUACUAGUGAGAAAAAAAAACUGAAGAGUAUAAAUGAGCUACUUAUAAUGGUAGUUAGAAACGGUUAAAGCAGUGUUCAUAGUAGUUAGUCUGUUAAUAACAACAUCAACUAUAAAAAUAAGUUGAUAGCUAUAGAUUGUACAUAUUUUGCCCAUUCAAUGAACUUCUCUUUUAAAACAUCCAUGC